AUGGUUGAUUCAGCUUUAGGAAAAGCGACAGAAUCUUCUCCUUGCUUGCUGAAACAUGUGGAGGUGGAAGGAGGGAUGGAGAAGAGGGUUUCAUGGAACUCUUUCUUCACUCCUAAGAAGUCUAAUGUGAAGUUGGAAUUUUUUGAACCUAAAGGGAAAGACUCUAAAGGGCGGAUUUGUGUGGCUCCUCCUCAAGAAGUUUCUUCCUUGGCAAAAAGACCACCUUUCUUGACGGUCAAAAGAGCAUUGGAGAGGGUAUGGACUGCUUAUGGCCUCAUAGAUGUUAUGACUUCGGGACAAGGUGUUUUUAUUUUAAAGUUUCAAGAUAUGGAGGGAACUUCAAGAGCUGUGGAAGAGGGGCAACUCACAAUACAAGGACAGCCAUUUCUAGUUCGGAAAUGGACUACUAAUCUCCCCAUGGUGAUUAAUGAUGUAAAGAAUGUGGCUAUAUGGAUUAGAAUGUAUGGAAUACCCCUUGAGUUUUGGACUCCGAAAGGGCUUAGCUACAUAGCGAGUGCAAUAGGAAUUCCUCUUUAUAUGGAUUUCGUGACUGAAGAAGGGAUAAGAUUGGAGUUUGCUAGAGUAUGCAUUGAGAUAGAGGUGGAUUCGGAAUGCCCCGAAUCUAUAAGCCUAACUUUGCCAAAUGGAGAAUCGUUGGUAAUCAAUGUGGAGUAUGCUUGGAAACCUAUAAAGUGCAAGGGAUGUCAAUGCUUUGGUCAUUCCACAGCAAGUUGCUCACUAGCAUCUAAACAAGGUGAUAACACAACUUCACGAAAGGAAGGGGCUGGAUUUGUGUUACCUAAGAAGCUACAUGGGAAAGACAAAAUGGUGCUACCAUCGAAAGUCUAUGACAAGAAACCCAAAGGCAAAUUGGUGGAAAUGCAAAAAAAUAUGGGAAUUAACGUGCUAACGCAAAAGAGUAAUAGGUUUUUUGCCUUGGUUAUUAAGGAGCAUCAAGAGAUGGAAAAGGAUAAAAUUGUGCCGAAUCAAGAAGCAAAACAUGGGACAAACCUAGAUGAAGCCAAUAAGGAAGGAGGAAAGCAUGGAAGUGAAGCUAGCACAUCAAAAGAGCCUUGUUCUCCCUCGGUAGCAAGUGUGAGUGCACGGGAGAGUGAAGUAAGCUCCAUAAACACAAUUCAGAAUCUUAGCAGUAUGGAGGACAUGGAUCAUGAAGCCUCUCCUGCAAUGGUUCCUUUUGGAGGAAAACUUAAGGUGGAUGAGAUGGACUUUAGGAAGGAGGAUGCUGAUAUGAAGAGUAGAAACUUGGGGAAGAAAUCGGCAAAGCAAAGGAAAGCAAAUUCCCCAACCCACCCAUCCAAAUGA